UCCUGUACUGUGCAGCACAGCUCAUCCCCUUGGCAUAAGCAUUGGUUUGGACAACACUGUUUAUCACACGUGCGAGCCUGGGAGCUUUUUCUCUUCCGAACUAAACAAUGAUUACAAGUGUUUCAAAAAACGUUCUUCCCGCAAGAUCUGUUUUCAUACCAAAUUACUCAAGCCAGGUCCUCUUCCUCUCUGCUUUCUCGGCUUGCAACGCCCCUCCCACUCUUCUCAAAACUGGAGAACUCUUACUCAUCCUUCAAGAUUCAGCUCAAAUGUCACUCCCUGCUGGAGGCUUCCUCAACAGAGCAGGCAGAGCCGGUUACUCCCUCUCUGCUCCCGUAGCUCUCUGCGAGCAACCCGGCUUUUAUCACAGCACAGUGGGUUUACCUUUUCGGGCGGACCUCGCCCCCACGCCGUGAGCUUGUAGCGCGGAGGCCGUGUCUCUUUGUCACUUCUCCCCCCAAACCCUGAGUGGAUCGUCCAGCGUUUGGCACAUGGUAGGCUCAGAGAAGUUGGGUGACUGAAACCCUUAGUAACUGGCGACCUUCUGACCACAGGAGCAACAUGGGAUCCGGGUUCCUCCCGACCUGGGAUAGGCCGCCCAAGUGAAGGAGGAGUUUCAGCUGGCACCCGGUUCCCGCCAAGCCUGCUUUUAAAAACAAACAGCUGCGGAGACCGGGGUAAAGAGGGUGGGCCUCCCGACGACCGCCUUUCAUGAACUCAGGUGGGUUAAUUCCCGCCAGCUGAGCCCGCUAAGGCCAUUUCGGAGUUUGCUCACUUAAGGGAAACGUUUUCCCAGAGGACUUGGGGUCCCAGAGCUCUUUCUCUAACUCUGGGCUGGAGACUCUGUCCGUUUUUUUCUAACGGUGACAGGAAGUCGAAGGAAAAACGUGGGAUUCAGAGGUCAGGGGGUAGCUCUCCUCGCGGCCACUCAGGCGUGAGGAUCGCCGAGGUUCCGGAUCGAUGUCUCUGACGGCCGGCGCCCGGCACUCUGUGACCGACCCCCUGGGCAGAACGCCCACCGCAGUCGGCCGCUCGCUCUUUCGCCUUCACCCUUUACGCCCCGCCCACUCCGCGGUGCUGAGCCGCCAUUCUCGCGAGAACACCGUUGGCCUCGCCUCUUCGGACUCCGGGCUCUCGCGAGAAGAGGCUUAAGAGCCGGCCUGUAACCUGCCCCGGCGGCUCUGCUGGUCGCAGCCGCCUGAGUGGCCGCCGCCACAGACACCACCGGAGGGACCCAGUUGAGGAGGGAGCGGAGGUGUCGCUGGCCCCCGCCUUUGCCUGGGUCUUCCGUGGACACUCAAGAGGGACUUGCAGGAGAGCCCAUCCAGGACUGAAGUCAAAGCCUUGAAAAUAAGGACUGCAGGUGUCAUUUCAAUGUUAUGGGUGCUACAUAUGCUUUCAGAGCAGUAGUGUGAGGAAGCUUGAAGUGGGAUGGCAGGACGGCCUCAUCCUUAUGACAGUAACUCCAGUGAUCCAGAGAAUUGGGAUCGGAAAUUGCAUAGUAGACCUCGUAAACUUUAUAAACAUUCAAGUACUCCCUCACGUGUUGCUAAAGGAGUUGUUGACCACACCAAAAUGAGUCUACAUGGUGCUAGUGGGGGACAUGAACGAUCAAGAGAUAGACGAAGGUCAAGUGACAGAUCGCGAGAUUCAUCUCAUGAAAGAACAGAAUCUCAACUCACUCCUUGUAUUAGAAAUGUUACGUCUCCAACACGACAGCACCAUGUUGAACGAGAAAAAGACCACAGUUCCUCUCGUCCAAGCAGUCCUCGUCCUCAGAAGGCAUCUCCAAAUGGUUCUAGUAGCAGUGCUGGGAACAGCAGCAGAAACAGUAGUCAGUCAAGUUCAGAUGGUAGCUGUAAAACAUCUGGGGAGAUGGUGUUUGUAUAUGAAAAUGCAAAAGAAGGAGCUCGGAAUGUAAGAACGUCGGAACGAGUAACACUAAUAGUGGAUAACACUAGAUUUGUUGUAGACCCAUCCAUUUUUACUGCACAGCCAAAUACUAUGUUGGGCAGGAUGUUUGGAUCUGGCAGAGAACAUAACUUUACACGUCCCAAUGAGAAGGGAGAGUAUGAAGUGGCAGAAGGAAUUGGCUCCACUGUGUUUCGAGCUAUUCUGGAUUACUACAAAACAGGAAUAAUCCGUUGUCCUGAUGGCAUAUCUAUUCCUGAGCUGAGAGAAGCAUGCGACUAUCUUUGUAUUUCUUUUGAAUAUAGUACUAUUAAAUGUAGAGAUCUCAGUGCCCUAAUGCAUGAGUUAUCAAAUGAUGGUGCUCGUAGACAGUUUGAAUUUUAUCUGGAAGAAAUGAUCCUGCCCCUCAUGGUAGCUAGUGCCCAGAGUGGGGAACGAGAAUGCCACAUAGUAGUGCUUACAGAUGAUGACGUGGUUGAUUGGGAUGAAGAGUAUCCACCACAGAUGGGAGAAGAGUAUUCACAAAUUAUUUAUAGCACAAAAUUAUAUAGAUUUUUCAAGUACAUUGAAAACAGAGAUGUGGCCAAAUCAGUUUUGAAGGAGAGAGGUCUUAAGAAGAUUAGAUUGGGAAUAGAAGGUUAUCCCACCUACAAAGAGAAAGUAAAGAAAAGGCCUGGGGGCCGCCCAGAAGUAAUUUACAAAUAUGUCCAAAGACCCUUUAUUCGAAUGUCUUGGGAGAAGGAAGAAGGAAAGAGUCGGCACGUAGACUUUCAGUGUGUAAAGAGUAAAUCUAUUACCAACCUUGCAGCAGCUGCCGCAGACAUUCCCCAGGACCAGCUGGUAGUCAUGCACCCGACUCCUCAAGUGGACGAGCUGGAUAUUCUCCCGAUGCACCCCCCUUCUGGCAACAAUGACCUCGAUCCUGAUGCACAGAAUCCAAUGCUGUGAUGCUGACGUUCCUUGAAACCAUAGCAUGCUACCCUUCACGGUGACGUCACACUCUCCUCAUUCUGCACUGCAAGGCCACACUCUUCAUCGUGAGAUGCACAUAACAAUGUUUAGGAUAUUGCAGUGGAGGCUUUUUUAAAGACCAAAGGUAGCUGAAUGGUUUUUAAAAUGAGUACAACUCUAGCAUCCUGAGGUUCCAGUUAUAUAAAUGUAUUUGUUUACCAGUAGGUUUGUGAAAUUGGUUCUUUGUAUGGGGGAUAGUCCUUUUUCACACAUCUAGAUAUUUUCAGAAGUGGUGAAAAUUGGCAGCUUGGGGUAUUUUCAGCUUAGAUUGAUAAUUCAUCACACCCCAUGUAAAAUGUAGAAUAUUAUAUAGUUGCACUUUAUAAAUGGUGGUUAAAUGGAACUGUUCAAGCCAUUUUUAUAGUUGUGAUGCACAAUAUAACUGAAACAAGUGCUUCUAUCAAAGUAUUCCUUCAGUAAAAUGUGUAUAGUUUGCUGCCCGUGAUGAGCAAAAAAAAAAAAAAAAAAAGGGUAUUUGUGAUUGGGCUUAUUUGAACGAUUAGGAUGAGAUUGAAUGCCCAUAUCUUUCUCUCCAGUGCCGUUCUCGCCCUUUUACAGUGAGUCACAUGCAGGAAGUGUGAACAUCAGAGGUGGUUUAUUAUCCAGUCUGCCUUACCCUUAAUCCGUUCAGAUAUUUAUUUACUAAUUUUUUUUUUCUUAAGAGUUAUGGGAUAGGAAAAUGAAGUGUUUGCUCUUCAUUUACUAAAUGAUUGUAAACUCGAGUUUUUCAUCAAAAUAAAAUUACAUUGUUUUAAUGUUU